GCUGGGGAGAGUGUGGAGUGAGCGACCAGCGGCUAAAACCCGGGAGAGGAGGGGGCAGAGAGAGGAUCCCGGCGCCCCGCCCUCUCGGUAACCGCCGGGAGCUGGCCAAUCCGGGCAGGCCGCAGUGAUGCGCAGCCUAUCAGCGACCAGGUCUCUCCCGGAGGUUCCGCGUUAGCCUUGGCCCUCAAGGCAGGGGAGGGGGCGAGGGCGCAGCGGCCCACCGCAGCUCAGGUUCCUGCCGCCUGCCUCCGGGGUUCUGGCAGGUCCGGGCUUGCCACCUCCCCGGAGACUUGAUGGCCACGGAGGGCCUGGUAGGGGCGCUUGGCACCGUGCUGGGGGGGAAGGGGUUGCUGGUGCAGAGCUGUGACUCGGAGCCGGCUGGCAAGCCGCUGUUGCCGGUGCGGCUGCGGAAGAAUGUCUGCUACGUGGUGCUGGCCGUGUUCCUCAACGAGCAGGAUGAGGUGUUGAUGAUCCAGGAGGCCAAGAGAGAAUGCCGGGGAACAUGGUACCUCCCUGCAGGAAGAAUGGAACCAGGGGAGACCAUCGUGGAGGCCAUGCAGCGGGAGGUGAAGGAGGAGGCUGGGCUGCUCUGUGAGCCAGUGACACUGCUGUCUGUGGAGGAGAGGGGUGCCUCCUGGAUCCGUUUUGUAUUCCUUGCUCGACCAACAGGUGGAAUUCUCAAGACUUCCAAGGAUGCUGAUUCUGAGUCCCUACAGGCUGGCUGGUACCCACGGGUUUCCCUGCCCACACCGCUUAGAGCCCAUGAUGUUCUGCACCUGGUAGAGCUAGGUGCCAAAUUCUGCCAACAAGCCAUGCACCCUCUCAUUCUUCCUCAAGAGCUUCCCUGCAAUGUGGUCUGCCAACGGCUGGUGACCAUCUUUACAACGGUCCAGUCAGUGUGGGUGUUGGUGGGCACAGUGGGGACACCUCACUUGCCCAUCACUGCCUGUGGCUUUACCCCUAUGGAGCAAAGGGGUGGCAUCAAGGUGGCCAUCUUGAGGCUGCUACAGGAGUGUCUGACUCUACACAGUUUGGCAGUGGAGACCAAGGGGUUGCUUGGGCUGCAGCACCUAGGCAGGGACCAUGUGGAUGGGGUCUGCCUAAAUGUACUGGUGACGGUGGCUUUUCGGAACCCAGGAAUCCAAGAUGAGCCCCCAAAGAUUCGGGGUGAAAACUAUUUUUGGUGGAAGGUAUUAGAGGAAGACUUACAGAAACAGCUUCUACACAGGCUCCAGGAAUCUUCUGUCGUCCCCCUGAGCAGAUAGAGAGACCCCAGCAGCAACCAAAAGCUGAGCAGCCACCCUCCCUCCGAGGCAGAGAAGAGGCUGGCAAGCAGGGAUCUCUCACUGCACACUGCACGGGUAUAGGGACCACACACUGAGCCCAAAGGGAAGGUGCCUUGAAUCCAGUCUUCAAGGGCUCAGUUGUUUUGAGGGUAUACAGUGCUUCUCUUUACGUUGGUGAGAUUUUUGAACCCUAAAAUGGCACCAUCUUCUUUGUCCACUUUGGAGAAGACUGCAUGUCAAUCCUUCCAACCCCAUAGGAAUGUAGAGGGGGAUGGGACAUGGGGGAUGCAUCCCUCAGGGCAGAGUCCUCAUUGCUGAGUAAAAAGGUGUUGCUUCACUUGC